AUGGAGACAACACAUUCUGUUUUCCCUCAGUUGAUGGGACAAUCGUCCUUCUUUUAUUACAAUCCCGAUCCACACCCCGAACACAGACAGCACGGUCAUUUCACGCCUCACCCGAAUGCCCUCCCUCCCCAGGCUCAUAUUCAGUCUUUUCCACCUACCCUUUCGAGCCAGGAAUCCCCCAUGCCACUUCCGUCUAAUGUGGCCUAUGGCCACAGCCUUCAAACUCCAGUCGCGCCCAGAUCCGGCAUCCCUCAAAUGACCCUCACUCCGAUAGCAUCGCCUCGCCCUGUCUACCAGAAACCGGCAAUUCUUAUUCAGGAUUCGCCGCAGAUACUUGCUCUAGAUGCUGAUUGUGCCGGAUCCGAUGUUUAUUUCUUGCCAUCAACGCCACCGCUGUCCACCUCGGGCAGCACUAUGGGUAGCCCUCACUCAUCCUGUGGAUUUCUUCCCACUCCAAUUGGAUCGAGUGUUCACUGCUUUGAGCGAUUCGAGGGCGUGAAAGAAGGAUGCGAGGGCGAGGUCCAUUCUGAAAUCCUCGCUGGCGGGGAUUGGACUCGAUGUGGAUCUCCACCACUCACUCCAGUGUUCAUUCACCCCCCUUCGGUUACCGCUAGCCAGUCUUCCGACCUCCUUUCUGCAAACGCCUGCCCUGCGCUCUCACCUUCGCCCUCUCCUCUACCACGCUCUGUUGUGUCUGAUACAGAGGUUGAUUUUUGCGACCCUCGCAAUCUCACUGUCGCCUCGUCGGACAUUACCCGUUCAUCUCUCUCAGCGGUUGAUUUCCCGUCUCUUCCCACCUUCAGCCCUGGCGACGACGACGAGUGCAAGCUACCUCCGGGGGGCGAGGCCCUCGGCUCAGAGCCCAACCCUCCGUCAAUCGAGAACUGCGAUUUCAUGGGCCUCACCCUUGGCCAGCUCCCCAGCUUUGAGGACUUCUCGGAUCUGGACUCAGAAACAGACUUUGUCAAUCGCAUAGUUAACUUUGGUCCUGUUGACAGCACUUACCCUGUCAAUACCAAGCGACAGCGCAUUGACGUCUUGCCCUUCGAGGAAGACAGCUUUUUGAGCGAAGACAGUUCCGAGGAAUUCGAGGACAGAGAUCACUUGGCUGUCCCUGGAUACCUUUCGCCCCCUGAAUCCGGCGAUUUGAUCAGCAAUAUUCCUGAAUCCUCGGCCGUGAUGAAGCCAAAAAAGCGAAGUCAAUAUCGCAGAUCCAACAAGGUAUCUUCUCCAGCUAGCGAUUCGUCCGACUAUGGCUCGGUUGUCGUCAAGAGGGAGCAAAUGGGUACUUUGACUCGUGGAAAUGGUGCGCAGUCCCAGGAAAAAUCUAGUCAACAGCAGUCGGAAAAUAUCCAGGCGGGCGCGUCAGAUGGAACUCCUGCUGCGGGUUCUCCCUCUGACUUGGCCACUCCUCCGGUCAUGGGACCGGUCAACCGUCGCGGUCGCAAGCAGUCCUUGACAGAUGACCCGUCCAAGACUUUCGUUUGCACACUCUGCUCUCGUCGUUUCCGUCGGCAGGAGCAUCUGAAGCGCCACUAUAGGUCUCUGCAUACCCAGGACAAGCCCUUUGAAUGUGGGGAGUGUGGCAAGAAGUUCUCACGCAGCGACAACCUCUCCCAGCAUGCUCGCACUCAUGGAAGUGGUGCUGUCGUUAUGGGGGUCUUGGAAGAUGGAGAAGUUCCCGCGGACACCAAAGAAGAGUCCUCUGAUGAGGGGGACAGCGCCGCGUUGGGCGCAGUUCUCUUUGAAGCUGCUCAAGCUGCCGCAGCGAACGCAACGAGCAGCUCAUCUAGCGCAACAAACUCAAUCCGCGAAAGUUCGAGUCCGAACCCUGCAGAGAACAAGAACUCCCGCAAGAAGAGAAAGCGGGACGAAUAG